GCUGCCGCCGCCUCCACCACAGAUGGCGCUGCAAAGGGCGCCGCAAAGGCUGCUUCAGAGCAAAACCCGGCCUUUCGCAGGAUGGGUCUGCCGCGCCUGCGACUGCCUUCGAGAAACUGGUCCAUCUUCUGGACCAUUACCGGCUCCUUCGCUGCCGCGGUGAUGUACGACAAGUAUCAAACGAAGCGCACGCGCGAGAAGUGGGUACAGCUCGUCGCACACGUCGCCGACGAGCACCUGGAUAUCAAGACGCUGCCGCGCCGAGUCACGAUAUACCUGCAAGCUCCUCCCGGCGAUGGCUUGCGGACCGCGCGUGAGCACUUCCAUCUCUAUAUCAAGCCGGUACUGGUGGCUGCUGCCAUGGACUGGGACGUGGUUGAGGGCAGGCAAGAGGGCGACGUGCGUCAUAAGACGGCAGAGAAGAUCCGGAAAUGGCGGAGGAGAAAAGGCGAAGGGGAGCCUGAGACGGCCGAGGACGACGGCACGCUCACAGUGGAGGCUCUUCGCGAGAAGAACGGCGACGUGGAGUAUCCAGGAGUGGCAGGUGAUAUUGUCGUCGGACGGCAUGCGUGGAAGGAAUACAUACGAGGUCUGCACGAGGGCUAUCUCGGCCCUGCAGACUUGCCCAAGGACCCAAAGGAGCACGAAUCGACGACGCCUGCACAUCACGAUGAUAUGGGAGAUUCGCCAGUAUCUUCCUUGGACACAGUCGUUGGGGACAGUCCUCCUGUGACAGAGGCCCAAACGAGCGAGGAAACACUGUCCGGCGAGGCGCUCACGAGUGACGACGGCAAGGAGACACGGAAGGAGGGAGAGGCGAAGACGAAAGCAGAGGAUGAAAAGCCCAAACGACGAUUCCCGCCGCCUUCCAUCUUGCCAGGAGACUAUGCUGCAGCGUCUCUCUCGCCUUUUACGCCUGAAAUUCUUGGUCCCAGUGUAGCUGUACGCUUGCCACAUCUCCUUGGAUUCCUGAACACUCCGACACGCAUCUAUCGGUUCUUGAACAGGCGACGGGUGCAGGAUGAUAUCGGGCGACAAGUAGCUGCCGUCGUGCUCGCCGCACAUCGUCCAUACACGACCGCCGCCUCGUACGAUGCAAGCAGUGCUUCAGAAAUGCAGGUAGAGGUACGGGAGCAAGCAGGGUUGCUAUCACACGAGGAGAAAGACUGGUACAAGCUUGUUCACAGGCCACGUCAGGAGCAUGAAGAAAGCCUCUGGACGGAGCCCGUCGUUCUCGAUGAACGCAUCUCCAGUCGCAUGCGUGCAUUUGAGCUGAGUGCGGCAGACGAGGCCCGCGCACGGCGCAUCGCAGCGGGCGAAGAAGAAAAGGCCCAGCAUGAGACGUGAGUUCCUCGUGCUGGUUUUGCCAUAGAUGUGGAGUAUAGAUCCCAACUCCUGCGAGCGUGUAGAAUAGUGUACAGACUACAGAACCGACUGAUGAAUCAACCUCCACGUGCUUCGCAGAGCCCACUGCCUCGAGGCUCGAGCCACGACCCCGAUGGGCACCGCCUGCUUCCUGGUGGUCCUUUCAUAUGCCGCCCCUGUCCUGAUACUCUCUGUGUGACGGCCCAUGGAAGCCGAUCCCACGCUCACAGCGUGCAGACUGGAUGUUGGAGCAAGGCAGCCUGCUGCUAGCCUGUUGCCUCCUGCUGCCAUUUAUGUGGUUACAGGUACAUAUAGGUGUGAUAAUCGAAUGAU